UUGUUCCUAAGAGAACAAUGCGAGAAAUGAGUAAGCGACGAAAUCUGGGUGGAAUCUCUUCAUUUCCUUGUUCCCCAAAAUGGUUAGGUUUCACCACCAGUCCAUGAACAAAUGGUCAUCAGGAUGGUGAAAACGUCAGCUUCAUUUCAUCCCUGUCUCUGUGUGUCUUCUCGCGCCCAUGGUGGGCGAUCAUCCAUGUCUGUCAGCGCAAGAACAUCAUCGGCGACAUCUAGAAGUUCCGGCCCGAAGAAACCUUUGUUUGGAGAGCUACUGGGGCAUCUUUCGUGGAAGAUGGACGAAGCCUCAAAGGUCCUGAAGGAUGUCCCGCAGAGAUUUCUGGACGCGCUCGUUGAUUCAAUCUUCAAAUUUACUGAUGAACCUCUGAAUCCUUCCGAGAGCAAUUUUGCACCGGUUGAUGAAAUCAGUGAAGCUGUAGAGAUAUACCAGAUUGAAGGAGCGAUACCGGAAGAUUUCCCUGAGGGGGUGUACAUCAGAAAUGGUUCGAAUCCACUAUUUGGUGCUCUCCAUUCCACGGCAUCAAUCUUCGGAAAAUCCUGGGAGAUAUGGGUUGAGGGUGAGGGCAUGCUCCAUGCCCUCUACUUCACCAAAAACACUUCAGGCUCUUGGUCAGUCCGCUAUGCCAAUCGCUAUGUGCAAUCCAAGACACUCAGACUAGAAAGAGCCCGGCAGAAACCAUGCUUCCUCCCUGCCAUUGAAGGUGACUCUGCGGCCAUCAUCGCCGCCUACAUUUUCAAUUAUAUGAGGUUUGGCAAGGUGAACAAGGACAUCAGCAACACCAACGUGUUUGAGCAUGCCGGCAGGGUGUUUGCUGUUGCUGAGAACCAUCUACCCCAAGAGAUCUGCACAGGUAACCUCGACACUGGUGAUACCUGGGACAUAGGUGGGGAAUGGAAUCGACCCUUAACAGCUCAUCCAAAGGUAGCUCCUGGAUCAGGGGAACUUGUCAUCUUUGGAACAGAUGCAAAGAAGCCAUUCCUAGUAAUUGGAGUUGUCUCAGCUGAUGGAACCAGACUAAAGCAUAGGGUGGACCUCAAGCUGGACAGAUGUACACUUUGUCAUGAUAUAGGAGUUACUCUAAAGUACAACAUAAUCAUGGAUGUACCACUUACUAUCGACAUCAUUAGACUGAUUAAAGGUGGUCCGUUGAUUCAGUUUGAGAAGGAAAGCUAUGCAAGAAUUGGAGUUAUGCCCCGUUAUGGUGAUGCAGAUUCAAUUAUCUGGUUCAAUGUUGAACCAUUCUGCAUGUUCCAUCUUAUCAACUGUUUUGAAGAGGGUGAUGAGAUUGUGGUGCAGGGUCUUCGUUCACCAGACUCCUUAAUACCUGGCCCAAGACUUGCACACAACGAGUAUGACUCAAAAAUAUCUGAGCCUGCAGAAGAUAACAAGUCAAUGAAACAAGGAACCAGCAAUGAAUUUUCCUUUCGGUUAUAUCAGUGGAGAUUAAACUUGAAAACAAAGAGUGUCUCAGGGGAAUAUUUAACUGGAACAGAGGAUUCACUGGAGCUCCCAAUGAUCAAUAACAUGUACACAGGCUUGCAACAUAGUUAUGCCUAUGCACAAGUAGUGGAUUCUUUAACGAGUUCUUCUGGCAACUGUGAGAAAGCCAUUCCAGACUUUGGUCGAAAAAUACUUUUUAUGUGUUCAAUUUGGAUGUUUGAAAAAGUUAACCCAAAGUAUAGAGGUUUUGCAAAAUUCUUCCUUAAGAAGAGAAACAGCACAGAGAUAGCGGGGUCAAGUCUCAUAAAGAUGCACUACCAUUGGCUUGGUAAAGAUCAGUUCUGCUCUGGAGCAGCAUUUGUACCAAGAGUUGGUGGGUCACAUGAAGAUGAUGGGUGGAUAAUUUCAUUUGUACACAAUGAGAAAACCAAUACAUCACAGGUGCAUAUUAUUGAUGCUCAAAGAUUUGAAGAUGCUCCUGUUGCAAAAAUAACAUUGCCACGAAGAGUACCUUAUGGAUUUCAUGGAACUUUCAUCCAUAGAUAACCAAACCAUUCAUGUCAUGGAACUCUUUGGACAGUAAAGAAAACAAAAAAAAAACUACGCAGUUUAAAAUUCAGUUCCUAAAACAAACAUAGAUUUGCAAGUAUCAUAGUUUUGGCUCUACAAAGGUUAGUGCGCAGUCACAUCCCUGUAGUUGAACAGUUCGUACAUUUUCCCCAUGUCAGUAUUUUGUUUGUGGUGGCACCUGGAACAUUGUACAUUUAAAUUGAACACUUGUUGCACAAGUAAAAUAAAUUGUAUUCAGCUAGCAUGAGCAUUUGGCUUGCAGUUAUAGCUGUCAGUUAUAAUCAAUUUCCCUUGAGAAUUAGCAUGAUUAUUCUGGCAGUAGCUUGAAAGAUUAUGUACUAAAUAUCUAAUUCAAUACAACUGACAUGCAGAACAACAUCAGUUUCUGCUGAAAACAUGAAUUUACUGUUCCAAAAUACUUUGAAAAAAGAAAACUACUUCAGCUGAGCCUGCUGAAGACUACAGACAAGUGAAAUUUAGGACUUGAAGAAAUGUUAGCAUCACACAAUGUUAUGGGCUGACACCAGCUGGACAUCCAUCUGCCGGACCAGCCAAGCAAGUUAUUUGUAUCUCAAAGUUAGUAGUUAAGCUUCCAUUAUCUCAAGGUUAGGAUUGAGUUUGUAAAUUGAGGGAUUAGAUUAACUACUUAAAGUUUGUUAGGGGUGGCUGUAAAGUCAGACAAUCAGCUCAUUGGGAAUUGAGAAAGAUGAAUCCAGGUUACACCACUCAUAUACAAAACCCCUCUCAUGUUUCUCUCCCUGUACACACAUCUUCCUCUGUUUUCUUCCUUGCCACAAGCUUCCUUGUACCUCUUAAUGAUCCAGUUGAUAUAAUCUACUUCUCCAAUUCCUAAUCUA